AUGGAUCCUCCAGGAAGAGUCGUAACGGACGAAGAGAGAAAAUCAGGCGACAAUGGAUCAUACAAGAAGCAGAUCCGAACAGGAGAUGACCAAACCGGGGUUUUUCUGAAUAUGCUGAGACAGAAACACUUGGCAUCGAAGAACGCGCUAGAAAGUCUAGAGGAAGUCGACUUGGGGGAACUACCCGAGGACGACAGAACGUGCGUGAUUUGCUACAAUGAGUACGAAACACAAAGCCCCGAGGGUUUUUAUGAGAAGCCCACCAGGCUUCCCAAGUGCAAGCACAUAUUCGGCGACCGUUGUAUUCGAAGGUGGUUUGAGGAAUCGGACCGGUGUCCUUAUUGCCGCGAGAGGCUGCACGAUGCCCGCGCACCGCCAUCCACUCGGGUUUUCUUGGACAUGAUUAGAAUUAGAGGCUGGACGGAGGGCUCAGCGAUGGCUGAAGACUUUUACCGACGAAUUAUGGCCGGUGAAGAUGUUCGCCCUAUUAUUCGGCGCGGCGUGGGCGCCAGACGUCCUCCUCCGGACAAUGACGAGUACGACAACUCAUCUCGUAGGACCCGACAGCGUCGUUCCAGUCCGCCUGCCGUCGAGCAAGAGCUUCCGUUGCCCACGCAGAGCCGUUCCCGUCCGUUGAGCGCCGAGCAAGAGCCUCCGUUGCCUAGACAGAGUCCUGGAAGUCUACGCCAAGCAAUACAACAAUGGGCCACACCAAACUCGCCCGUACAGGCAUCGCCGACGCAGAUAGGAAACUGGUCAAACACCCGUCUCCCUAUGGUGUCUGCACGUCCUGAGCCGCCCGGCCGUACCGUGGAGGAUCAUCCGUUGCGACAUCACUUUACGAGUCGUGCAGAUCUGCAUCGAGCAAUGCAACAACAGCAACAAGCCACUUCGCACUCGCGCAGACAAGCAUCGCCGAUGCAUACAGAAGUUUCUUCCAACCCUUGGGUCUCCAUGGGGUCUGCACCUCCUGGGCCGCCCAGUAGUAUCACGCAAAAUGCUCCGUCACAGUAUCAAUCGAACCCUUGGCUCUCUAUGAGUUCCGCGCCUCCUGGUCCGCCCGGUGGUAUCGUGCAGAAUGCUCCGUUGCGGUAUCCGUCGUCAAACCCUUGGCUCUCCGCAGGAUUUGCGCCUCCUGGGCCGCCCAGUAGUAUUGCACAGAAUGCUCCAUUGCGGUAUCAAUCUCCGGCUCGGCCCGCUCAAUCAACGGUAGUGUACCAGCCAAAUUGGGCAGUACAUCCAUCGACGACACGCCAGGGCACGUUCACAACAAAUGUCGGCGCGGCUGCGAACUUGUAUUCCAUGCCGAAUCCGCUGCAAUAUGGCGCCCAAGCAUCACAGAUGGGACAUGGGGUCCCCACCGAGACUCCUAUGAAUUCGUACGAGCAGAUGUUAUAUGCGGCUUCAGCCGAGACUCCUAUGAAUCAGCACGGGUACAUGGAGGACACGUACCCAAGGGAACGGGGCUUCAUAUGA